UCUCUCUAAAAUCAAUAAACAUAUCCUCCAGUGAGGAUAAAAAAAAUACAUAAAUAAUAAAGAUCCUUUCCUCCCCCUGGCAGGAGGCAGCACAAUGCCAACAGUCAUUGUUCCGGGGCCUGAAAGAGUCACACCUAUUCCUGAGCAAUGGUAAUUACUCCUCAAAUGGCUGAGGGGGUGAGAGGGCACCCUGUUUGUGAUGGGCAGUUCAGGCCCUGUGGUCACUUGAUGUCCAUGGUUAGGUUGCAGGAGCUGCAUCUCAAAAGGAGAAGAGUUCAUCUGCAAGAGAAGGCGAGGAUCUACUCCAAAACCCUGGCGUUCUGCCUGCUGAUGCUCCAGGGAGGGCUUGCUGGCGGCUGCAGGCAGCGCCAGCGCCUGGAACAGAUCACUGAGUGUGGCCGGACCUGCUCAGUCACAAAGCCCAGGUGGCAGCCUCCAGCUAAACUUUCAGGCCAGAAGGUUGAGAACCGCUGCCCUAGACUGAUGGGGACCCUCCCAGCAGCUGGUGAAAUGGGACCAGGGGCAAGGGCCCUGCACCCGAGUGCCCACGGGUUCUCUUCCCUCCCGACAGGGCCGCCACGCCUCUGGCCUUCCCUGACAUGCAGAGAGUUUCACGUAAGUACCUGUGCUUCCUACCUGCCUGCUGAUGGGCCAAGGAAGUGGUUCCUUUCCCCUGUCACGUGACUGCUGUCUGCCAUCCACCCUCUUGUCCAGGACUUGUUCCAGGAAUUGGGUCUGGGACAAGGAGAACACAAUCCCCAACUUCUGUCCCCGCUUCGGGCUGACUGAUGGCACAGUCCCUGUCCCCCAGGGGCAGACAGCUGCUUCUCAGAGGAGUGUCGUACCCCUGUAAGGCCCCCUCCGCUCCUGCCUAGGCUCCCGCAUGGCUUUGCUCCGUCUCCCUAGAGCCCGUCCAGGACCAUGUCCCAGCCGCGCAGCCCCCGGCCCAGCCCUCCAGACCUCCGCCAGGCCAGCGCCCGCUGAGGAACAGCGGCAGCCUCUGCAAGUUUGAGGACCAAGUCCUCUGUCCCAUUUGCCUGGAGGUGUUCCACAGCCCGGUCACCACCGCCUGCGGCCACAACUUCUGCAUGACCUGCCUCCAGGGGUUCUGGGACCACCAGGCGGCCGAGGGCGAGACGCUCUACUGCCCCAGUGCCGAGAGAGCUUCUCCUCCCGGCCGCGCCUCUGCAAGAACGUCACCCUGGAGGAGAUGGUGACCUGCUUCACCCAGGCCAAGAGCCCGGCCUCGGCGUCCUCCUGGAAGCUGGCCGGGCCCCGGGACGUGCCCUGCGACUUCUGCGGCCCCCAGAAGCGCCGGGCCCUCAAGUCGUGCCUGCAGUGCAUGGCCUCCCUGUGCGAGAAGCACCUGCGCAGCCACUCGGAGGACCAGGUGUUCCGGGACCACCAGCUCCUGGAGCCCUGUGGGACUUCAAGAGCUGCCUGUGCCGCAAGCACCGCAAGCUGCGGGGGCUGUACUGCCGCACGGAAGGCUGCUGCGUGUGCGGGACCUGCCUGCUGGAGGAGCACAGGAACCACGACACCAUCCCCCUGCAGGAGGAGCGCGCCCGCAGGGAGGUGGAGUUGCGGCAGGUCCAGGCCAACGUGGAGAACCAAAUGCUAAUGAUCACCUCCGACAGCCAGAAGCACCGCGAGCAGGUGGCCUUUCUGCUGAAAAUGAUCCAGACAAUGCGAGAUGAGGUGCAGUCCUGCUUCUCGGGGAUCAUCCAGGAAGUCAAACAGCUGCAGACGAAGGUCUUGGAUUUUGUGGAGAAAGAGGAGGCCGCCGCCCUGGAGAAGCUGGGCAGCUCCAUCCAGCAGAGCCACAACUGGCUCCUGAAGCUGGAGGCGGACAGCAUCUGGCUGCGCACCCUGCUCACCAACCCGAGUGACCAGCAGUUUCUGCAGGAGUUCCCCAGGCUAAAGAACUUCCAAGACUGCAUGGAACCCCUAAUGGGCACCAGCUGGGAGGAGAAGCAGAGCUUCCUGCAGCUGCCCCAGACCCUGGCGGAGCUCCGGAGCCGGCUGGUGGGCAUGGGGCUCGGCUUCAUCAACCAGCUCCUCCUGCAGGGCAUUAAAAUGAACUCCUAUGAGGUGCUGCCCCCCACCGUGGACAGGAAGACACUUCUCAAGUGUGAGUCCUCAGUCCUGGGGUCCCACCGCAGUGGGGGAGGAAGGGAGCAGGGCCCCUAGGUGCCUCGACUUCCCCAGCUCCACCUCCACUCGGGCCAGGGCUCCAGAGAGAUGCCAGCUCUCUCUUGCCUGGGACUGGAGGCCUCAGAGGGACUGGCCUGUGACUCCGAGGCCCUGAUAGGAAAGAAAAGACUCUGCCCUGUCCUACCCCACGGGUGGGGCAAGGCCUCACCGACUGCCCAGAGGCCCUUCAGCCUUCCCUGGCCCCAGUGUUGCACCACCCUGUCCUCCGUGGGUGCCUGACCACCUCCCUGGGCUUUCGCCAAGCCAGUCGGCAGACCUGUCCAUUUCCGCCUCCGUCUCCCUUCCCACUUGACGUUCCCACAGCCCUCCCUCACCCAGGCUGGGCUGGGGGGCCCAGGCCCAAGGACUCCAUGCGACCUCCAGGGUCAGGGAUGCACUGCCCUUGGUGACCCCUCCCUCUGAGUGACCUCCUCCGGGAGCCCUUGACUCGCCCUCAGUUCCCCUCUACCUUGCAUCCUGAAUGAAUAAAAAGGGAGAUUGUGUGAGGGUCUGGUGAGGGCACGGAGGGCGCCUCCGCGCUCAACGCUUCUAGAAAGGUGGGCCUUUCGCCCUGGCCAGUGUGGGCUCAGUUGGGUGGGCGUCAUCCAGUGCACCAGGAGGUUGA